CAAAGGGCAAAUAAUUUCAGCCUCCUCAAUCGCCUCCAUCUCUAUUCUCGUUCUCGACUCUCUCUCUCUCUCUCACUGCAACUGCAAACUACAAAAUCUACAAAAUCAGAAGUUCAAAACCCAUAUAUUUCAGUCUAUCUGUCUGCAAGAAUCAAAACCUAUUACUUAUAUCAAAACCCAUAUCGGCAUAUCAUUUCAGAUUGUUCAAAAAAAUAAAACCCAUAUCGGCAUAUCUUUCCGUUUCCAUUGCCCGCUGUUCCAGUUCGGGUUCGCCGUUCGCAAGCCUCAGCCGCUGUCUCUCAACUCUCAAGCUUGCCCUCAUCUCUCUCUGCAACUGCUAACUUAGUUUCAGUAUUUCAUCACAUGUACUUGUGCAAAUAUAAAGAGAGGAUGUUCUUGCAAAACUAGAAAUAUAAAGCUCCCCCAGAUGCACACUGCUCCUGUGAGAGACAGUGUAGGAGAUGCAGUGGUACGUCGUUGCUUCUCUCCUCACCGUCCUCACCAGCUCUCAGGGAAUUUUGACAACACUGUCACAGAGUAAUGGGGGAUAUAAAUAUGACUAUGCGACCGUUCCUUUUCUUGCUGAAGUGUUUAAGCUUCUUGUAUCUAGUGUUCUUCUUUGGAGAGAAAUGAAGAGAUCACCUCCUCCAAGGAUGACUACGGAAUGGAAGACUGUUCGUUUAUACCCAAUUCCAUCUAUCAUAUACCUUGUCCACAAUAAUGUUCAAUUUGCUACCUUGACAUAUGUGGACACAUCCACAUAUCAGAUAAUGGGCAAUUUGAAGAUUGUGACGACUGGAAUUCUAUUCAGGCUCUUCUUGAGGAGGAAACUCUCUAAUUUGCAGUGGAUGGCAAUUAUUCUAUUGGCUGUUGGAACAACCACAAGCCAGGUCAAAGGCUGUGGAGAGGCUUCAUGUGAGUCCCUUUUCUCAUCGUCAAUUCAGGGGUACAUGUUGGGAAUACUGUCUGCUUGUCUUUCAGCGCUAGCGGGUGUUUAUACAGAAUUUUUGAUGAAGAAGAAUAAUGACAGCUUAUACUGGCAGAACGUUCAAUUAUACGCGUUUGGUGCAAUAUUUAACAUGGCACGACUUCUUGCGGAUGAUUUUAAAGGUGGAUUUGAGAAUGGACCAUGGUGGCAACGAAUUUUUAAUGGAUACAGUAUCACAACCUGGCUGGUGGUGUUUAAUCUGGGGUCCACUGGACUUCUGGUUUCAUGGUUAAUGAAGUAUGCAGACAAUAUUGUAAAGGUAUAUUCAACGUCAAUGGCCAUGUUAAUGACAAUGAGUUUAUCUGUGUUCCUCUUCAAUUUCAGGCCAACAUUGCAGCUCUUCUUGGGUAUCAUCGUCUGCAUGAUGUCACUACACAUGUAUUUUGCCCCACCAGACAUGCUGCUAGAUUUGCCUUUGACUGUAAAAGCAUCCCCUGAGAAUGACAUUGAAGUUUCUGUUGAUCGAAAAUCAGAUUCCUGAUAAAUCAUCUUUCAUCAAAGCAUACAAUUCUUUGGUAUGUUAUCAUUCAAAAGGAAAAAAUUAAUGAGAGGCUGUUCUUUUACUAUGUGAAAUUUGUUUGAUCUAAUUUUUCCAUGGGUUUAACCAUUAACGAACAAAAUCGGGGAAGAAAGGGAUCCUAUCAAGAGUAAGCAUAGAAAUAUAUAUAUUAAGAAGAAGAAGAAUAUUAAAGAACUUGUUGAUUAUAGUGGUAAAUUUUUAGCUUGACCUUGCUUGCCAAAAAUUAAUUCAAGUCAUUAUUGUGGUAUUAGUUGUUUAUAAUAGUGGUGGAUGUGCCCAAUGUGUGCACAGUGCUGUCAUGAUUGUAACUAUGAAGAGGGGAUCGUAGUAUGAAAAGGUACAUGGUUUACAAGGUAGCAACAGCACUGAUGAAUCAUAGUGCUGGUAAGUGUGAAUUUGCUAUGGAAGCUGUGGGUUAGUAGUUAGUAGUGAUGUGGUGAUAAUAUUGUUAGGGUGGUGGCAGUGUUUGUUAUGGUUUGGUGACGAUGGUGGUACUAAAACUUGCAAUAAAAAGCAUAAUGAAGUAUCAUAGAUUACUUAUAAUGUUGGGUAACACUCUUAUCUGGCUUCUGAGCUCCCUUCGUAUAGAAAGCAUAUAAAGGUAGGUUAAAUGUAGCAGAAAGACCUCAAUCCAGCUUCUUAAAGGACAUAAUAUAGAAUACAGCUACUGAACUUUUAAAACCUUCUUUGAUUAUAAGUAAACUGUAGUCAUCAUGUGAUCCAUUUUAACCGUUCAGGUCUGUACAUUUUAAUUCUUUAAUAAGUGCAUCCAUUUAGUAAACUUUACUUGUUUUAUGGAGGCUUCGUCUUGUUUAGAGAGCCCAUUGCAGUAGUGUCAAAGAGAACUAAUUUUGCAGUGGUGUAGAGUCUAGUCUUUUAUUAUCAGUAGUACAAAGAAGCAACCCUGCUUCUGCCUAUUGAAGUUACUAGUAUGGAAGUGUAUUAUACCAUUUGAGGAAUUGAUGAGUCUCCAUAUACUUGUAUCAAGUUUCGAUAAUUACUUGAUUUUGUUGCACUUUGGGAGAAAAGUUGUCCAUUCCAAAAAAAUUCCCUGUCCAGUCUCCAUAGGUUCCUAAAAGCAACCGUCUGCAAAAAGUUUUAGGUUGAUUUUUUAAAGGCAUGUUCCCCAAACUACAGAGAUGUGGUUGUUAUAGCAUAAGUCACCUUUUGAUUCUUGAAUCAUGUCUGGAGUUCUUAUUUAUUUGACGGCCGGGAGCUUAUUCUAUAAAUUAUGUUGAUGGAGAAAAAUAUUAUAGACCAGGCAUUAAUACAUUGUAUAGUCAUCUAGCCCCGAAAAAAAAAGAAUGGUUGUUAUGUAAAGCAUAGGAUCUUUAGCAAACAUGAAACUAGAAAGUGUGAAACCUUAUUCUGUCAUUUGUAUGAUUUAACAUAUUACUAGGAAUUUAUGAUAAGCGAUGGAGAUCAUUACUACUACAUUUCAAACCGUUCAAUAACACUAUCACGUAUUAAUAUUUGAAUAUUUUAUUUCCUAUUUGAAUAAAAAGUAUUGAUAGAAAUGGAAAAAGAACAAAUAAUAGAAGUUCCAAUAUUGUACAAUUUAUUUUAUCCAUAAGAUAAGUCUUUGUGCCCUUACUGUUACCCUGUCAUAAUGAGAGUCCUGUUUGAUUGUAAACAUUGGUCACUAAAUUUCUUGUUGGUCUUGCGGUAUCCAUUCCCUUGUUAGUCUACUAGAUGUGGUGGUUUAUAAUCUCUUUAGGUCUUCCAUUACCAAUUAUUUUGAUGUCAGUUAUGUUUAUAAUGAAAUUGUGUAGCUCAUAUUAAAUGCUCCAAUUGGUUGAAAUAGUUACCAGAACGAUUGGAGGAAAAUUGUAUUUAAUUAUUGCAUUAUUACUAGCAUUCUUUAUACAUGAUGUUGAUUAGGUCUGGGAAGGUUAGCAGCAAUCCUUGUCCCCCUCAAAGAAUUCACUGCUGUUUGAUUUUGUUAGACUACCUAAAACAAUACGACUCAAGAGGUAAAUUGUUCUUCUGAGGUGAGACACACACACACACACACACACACACACACGCCUUUUUUUAAAAUUAAAAAAAAAAAGAAAAAAUCCCAAAUAGCUAUAGAUUAAAGUUUUUUAAAAAAUGAGCAAUGCAAAUACAUAGCUUUGUAGAGAGGCAAAACAAGUGGUCCUAUGGUGAAAUUAUAAGCCGUUUGGUUAGGUUUUGGUCAUUGGUGAAAUUACCUCUUCAAUUCUUAUUUAUUUAUUUAUUAUUUGUUCUCUCUAUACAGAUUGUGUUAGGUUUAUCUGGGUUGAGGGCAGGUAGGGUAUUAAGCUAUGGAUCCCCUAAGAUUAGGGGUUCCUGAAAAGUUAAAAUAUAGUAUUAGAGAAUAGAAGAAAGCAUAGAGAGAGAGAGAGAAAAAUUGAGUGGAGGUGGUAUGGAGUCCUUUGCAAGACCGUCUGAAAAUGUAGGUGGUAGAGCCAACAGGCGGCACAAGAGGGAGCGAUGCGGUGGCUGCUUUCAGAUGCCGCUGCACUACCUGGACACAAUGGCGGAGUGGAAGCUGGACUGCUUGCUUGCCCAGGCCCGGGCCCGGGCCCGUUGCCAGAGAUGUCAACCAGAAGAGAAAGUUCGCCAUGGGAGCUUUCCUGUGGGCUCAUUAAAACUGUUUGGUAGUAUGAUCCGUGAAGUUUAUGGUAUUGGUAGUGAUGUUUUUUUUUAGCUAUAUUUGGUUUUGUCAUUUUACCUUUUAAAUUUAAUUUUGUGUCAUCUUAUUAUUUUGUGGACGUUAUGAAACAGAAGUUUGAAUUCCAGGAGUGGUAAAGACGUGAAAAAUCCCAGUCAUGUCUUAGGCCGUAACAUAUAUAUAUAUAUAGUGUGUAACUUGUUUGCUGUGAAAUUAUGUAAAAUUAUCAUAAACACUAAUUAUGUAUUGAUUUAUGGGAAUUUUUUUUUUUCUUCUUA